UCCUCCAGGCGUGACACGCUAUUCCGGAAAUGCUCCCGGCUCGUCCGACUCCUCGGCUCUUGCCGUAAGAUGGCGGCGGCCGCAACAGCGGGUUGCAUAGCGGGAAGGCGGCUCCUUCGGGCCUGGCCAGGUCACCUUAUCGCGUGGAACUCAGCCUCUGGGAGACGGUCUGUACAUCUUGGGAGAAGCAGAUUCAGGGCUAUCAAGGCAGCACCCCAAAUUGUCCUAAAUGUUCCUGAAACAAAGAUAUCAUCUCUAGAGAAUGGCUUGAGAGUAGCGUCUGAAGAUUCUGGGCUAUCAACAUGCACAGUGGGACUUUGGAUUGAUGCUGGAAGCAGAUACGAAAAUGAGAAAAACAAUGGAACAGCUCACUUCCUGGAGCAUAUGGCUUUUAAGGGAACAAGAAAGAGGUCCCAGUUGGAUCUGGAGCUAGAGAUUGAAAACAUGGGAGCUCACCUUAAUGCUUAUACAUCAAGAGAACAAACAGUAUAUUAUGCAAAGGCUUUCUCAAAAGACUUGCCAAGAGCUGUGGAGAUUCUUGCUGACAUCAUACAAAACAGCACACUGGGAGAGGCAGAGAUUGAGCGGGAACGAGGAGUGAUCCUUCGAGAAAUGCAGGAAGUUGAGACUAAUUUACAGGAAGUUGUCUUUGACUAUCUUCAUGCCACAGCUUAUCAGAACACAGCACUGGGACGGACUAUAUUAGGACCCACAGAAAACAUAAAGUCCAUUAACCGUAAUGACUUGGUGGAGUAUAUUACAACACAUUAUAAAGGGCCUAGAAUGGUACUUGCUGCUGCUGGAGGAAUCGCUCAUGAUGAGUUGCUUGAACUAGCGAAGUACCAUUUUGGUAACUUGCCAUCUAUUGUGAAAGGAGGAGCACCAGCCAUGCCUCCUUGCCGGUUCACAGGCAGUGAAAUUCGCGUGCGAGAUGAUAAGAUGCCUUUGGCACAUAUUGCAAUAGCUGUUGAAGCAGUCGGCUGGUGUCAUCCAGAUACUAUUCCUCUCAUGGUAGCAAAUACUCUGAUAGGCAACUGGGAUCGUUCUUUUGGAGGUGGUGUGAAUCUGUCUAGUAAGCUUGCUCAGGUGGCAUGCCAUGACAACCUCUGUCAUAGUUUCCAGUCCUUCAACACUUGUUACACAGAUACUGGACUAUGGGGUGUCUAUAUGGUUUGUGAAGGAACUACCAUAGACGACAUGAUGCACUUUGUUCAGAGAGAAUGGAUACGACUUUGCACUAGUGUUACUGAAAGCGAGGUAGCACGUGCCAAGAAUCUUCUAAAAACCAACAUGCUAUUACAACUGGAUGGUUCCACUCCCAUUUGUGAAGACAUUGGACGACAAAUGUUGUGUUAUAAUCGUCGAAUCCCAAUUCCUGAACUUGAAGCAAGAAUUGAAGCAAUUGAUGCUCAAACUAUCAAAGAUGUCUGCACAAAGUAUAUUUAUGACAAGGGCCCUGCAAUUGCUGCUGUUGGGCCACUUGAACAACUCCCUGAUUACAACAGACUCUGUAGUGGCAUGUACUGGCUUCGUGAUUGACAUUUAUUAUAAAGCUUUCCUAGAGGCUUAAAGGAUGCUUUGGAGAGACUUGCAUCAAUGGCUCUGAACUUUGAAGAUUGGCAAAUUGAUUCCCCCCACCCAAAUUAUAAUCUAGUUUUGUAGUUCCACAGCAAACCCAGCUAUGCUGUUUGAGUAGAAGAGAAGCCUUUUAAAAUGUACAAAACAAGAAAGUUUAUCGUAUGACAUUUUGUCUGUUUCCAUUACCGCUAGUGCUGACGACUCUUCAAUUCAAGUUGACAACUUAAACUCCAGCCACAAAGAAUACAACCAUCUAUAACGAAUAAAAACCAUACUCUGCA